AUGGUGCCCACUCACCCUCUAGACCCCCUCUCCUCCGCCGAGAUCCAAAAGGCCAUCGCCGUCGUCAAGGCGGCCCACGGCGACGUCUUCUUCAAUGUCGUCUCCCUCCACGAACCCCGCAAGGCCGAGCUGACGGGAUGGCUCGCCUCGCCCACGACAACACCGCUGCCGAGCCGCAUCGCCGACGUCGUCGUCAUCGCAAAGGGCGGCAAGGUAUACGACGGUCUCGUUGACAUUGCUUCCGGCGCCAUCACGAAAUGGGAGCUCAUGCAGGGCGUGCAACCGAUUAUCACAAUGGAGGAGCUCCAAAUCGUAGAACACAUCUGCCGCACCGACCCCAAAGUCAUCGAGCAGUGCGAGAUCUCGGGCAUCCCGGCCUCCGACAUGCACAAGGUCUAUUGCGACCCCUGGACCAUCGGCUACGACGAGCGCCACGGCAACACCGUCCGCCUCCAGCAGGCCCUCAUGUACUACCGCCCGGACCCGGACACCUGCCAAUACCAGUACCCCCUCGACUUCUGCCCCAUAUACGACGCCGACAAGGAGGCCAUCGUCGCCAUCGACGUGCCCGCCGUCCGCCGCCCGCUCAGCACGGCCGCGCCCAUCGGCUACCACCCGGCCGACGUCCAGAAGCAGGGCGGCUACCGCCGCGACCUGAAGCCCAUCGACAUCACCCAGCCGCAGGGCGUCUCGUUCCGCAUGGCCGGCCGCGAGAUCGAGUGGCAGAACUGGCGCUUCCACAUCGGCUUCAACUACCGCGAGGGCAUCGUCCUCAGCAACAUCACCUACAACGACAGGGGGACGCCGCGGCCCAUCUUCUACCGCCUCUCGCUGGCCGAGAUGGUCGUGCCCUACGGCAACCCGGAGCACCCGCACCAGCGCAAGCACGCCUUCGACCUCGGCGAGUACGGCGCCGGCUACAUGACCAACAGCCUGUCGCUCGGCUGCGACUGCAAGGGCGAGAUCCACUACCUCGACGCCGAGUUCCCGACGCGUAACGGCGACGUGCGGACCAUCAAGAACGCCAUCUGCGUCCACGAGGAGGAUAGCGGCAUCCUGUUCAAGCAUACCGACUUCCGCGACGACUCCGUCAUCGUCACCCGCGGGCGCAAGCUCAUCAUCCAGCAGAUCUUCACCGCCGCCAACUACGAAUACGCCAUCCAAUGGAUCUUCCACCAAGACGGCACCAUUCAGCCAGAGAUCAAACUCACAGGCAUCCUCAACACAUACUCGCUCAACCCUGGCGAGGACACCAAGGGCUGGGGCACACAGGUCUACCCGGGCGUCAACGCGCACAACCACCAGCACCUCUUCUGCCUGCGCGUCGACGCCAACGUCGACGGGCCGCGCAACACCGUCUUCGCCGUCGACACCGUCGCCUCGGACGAGCCCGUCGGCUCGCCCGAGAACUACUACGGCAACGCCUUUUCGGCGCGCCGCACCAAGCUCGCCACCACGGGCGCGUCCCGGACCGACUACGACGGCGCCACGAGCCGCACAUGGGAAAUCUCCAACACGGACAGGCUGCACCCGUACAGCGGCAAGCCGGCGUCGUACAAGCUCGUCAGUAGGGAGGUGCCGGGUCUGUUGCCCAAGGAGGGGUCACUGGUGUGGAAGCGCGCCGGGUUCGCGAGGCACGCGGUGCACGUUACAAAGUACCGCGACGACGAGCUCUGGCCCGCCGGCCGCCACGUGCCUCAGACCUCGGGCGAGCCCUCGGCCGGCCUCCCCGAGUGGAUCGGCGACGGCACCGAGCCCAUCGAGCAGGAGGACGUCGUGCUCUGGCACACCUUCGGCGUCACCCACAUCCCCGCCCCCGAGGACUUCCCCGUCAUGCCCGUCGAGCCCAUCACGCUGCUUUUGCGGCCGCGCAACUUCUUCGCCAACAACCCCGUCAUGGACGUGCCGCCCAGCUACUGCAGCACCCCGAGCCAGGUAGCCGCCGGCAGGGGCGCGCUCGAGGCGGCGGACAAAGUCAGCAAGCUUGCGUUUUCCGAGGGGGGGUCGUGCUGUGCGGGGAAGAGUAAGCUGUAA